GUUUUUUUGUUUGUUCAUUUUUUUUUAGUCUGGUGGUUCAAAGGCAUUAGGAGUCCAGCUGGUCGGGCAGGCUUCUGGUGUCCUGAGACUGUGUCACCCUGGGCGAGCACUCAGCUUCUGGGUACUAAGACUUCUAACCUGUCAGAACCAGAGUUGAGUGGGCCGGAAGGAAAACUUCCUGGAUUGGUCAUUAGGUGUCAGUGAGAUGCUGCUCUCAUUAGCACCCCUCUUUCCUGGACAGUAGGAGAUGUAGCAGCGUCUGUUGGCCAUCUGUGCAGAGUGUAUACAGCUGCAGCUUGUGGGGCAGCUCUUUAACCCCAAGGUCCCCUCUUCGGUGCGGUGAGUUCCCAGUAGGCCAUUCCACCAUACUCUGGAGCCAGUUGCUUCUGAAUGGUGAGGUAUGUGAUGGAUGAGUGAAUCCAGUGAUCAUGGGCUCAUCACCUCACUUUUACCCUGAAGCAAACUCCUUGGCCAUUGUGGUGUCAUGACAGUGAAUAAGGCGUAUGCAGCGAGUCCAUAGAUGGUGACGUUGGGGAGCAGACACAGUGUGUCAGUCUGGGCCCAACGAGGAGACAAAACCAUAUACUAGUAAUUUAAACAAGGCAAAUUUAAUAUAUUAAGGAAUUACUAAGCUGUGAUAGGAGAAUAACUGUAAAUUUAUUUAUUUAUUAACUUAUGGCUGCGUUGGGUCUUCAUUGCUGCAUGCAGGCUUUCUCUAGUUGCGGUGAGCGGGGUCUACUCUUUGUUGCGGUGCACAGGCUUCUCUUGUUGAGGAGCACAGGCUCUAGGUGCACAGGCUUCAGUAGUUGUGGUGCAUGGGCUCAGUAGUUGUGGCUUGCAGGCUCUAGAGCGCAGGCUCAGGAGUUGGGGUGCACGGGCUUAGUUGCUCUGCGGCAUGUGGGAUCUUCCCAGACCAGGGCUCGAACCCGUGUCCCCUGCAUUGGCAGGCAUAUUCUUAACCACUGCGCCUCCAGGGAAGUCCCAGAAUAACUGUAAACUGGAAAGAGAACUCUAUACUCUCGAGCUCAGGGAUAGUACCUAAAGAAGGACACAUUGGGAAGGGGACUGCUUCCCAGGGUUGGAGGUCAUACCUUGUUGGAGCAGGUAUGGUUGCAUCUGGAUGGCCUGGGCCACGGCUAGUUCGCAGUUACUGGGCACACAGAAGCAAUCUGGGGCUCAGGUGAGCUGAGACUAGUGGGUGGGCCUACAGAGGCAGCUAGGAUACCCUUUCAGUGAGUCCUGGGGUGUGUGUUUUCUGUGUUGGAUGGGCCACAGGAAAUGCACCUCUAGGGCUCACGUGAGCCAAGGUUGGUGGGCAGGCGCACGGAAAGGGUCAGGGUAGCACUGCUGGAGCUGCUUGCUGGUGCAGUAGCCCCUUCUACAGGAACUCCUACACUUCUGUGUAUCACUUGGGCCAGGGCAGCUCCAGGGCCUUGUGUGGGACGAAGGUUGGGUAGCAGGCUCACUAGACAGCCAGCCCUGAAGGACCCCUGGUGUGUGGAGGCCUGGCACUGAGGAGAGGGUGCAGAAAGCAGUAACUGAGGCUGGGGCACAGGUCCCAGCUCUCUGGGGCUCCCAGCUACGUUGCUGCUUCCCAAGUCCAGAGCUGGAGAAAGCACAUAAUGCCAAAUACCCGAGAAGCUAUGCCCUGCAGAUAGAUACCUAACAUUGGAAAAUCCAGGUCAUCCUUGGUGGAAGUUCAUGUCGUUGAGCAGAUUCAUCACUCCAGUCCCUGCUGCCAUGUCUCUUUGUUGGUGAGCUCACUGAGAGUUGGUGAAAGAGGCUGAGAGAGACACACGGGGCAGGUCAUCUUGUCCACCUGCUUCUGCAGUGGCUGUCAUUGUGGGCACUCGUGUAGGACACAGCCGUCCUUGCACUCCCUGCCCAUUCUCAGAGCCUUCUCUAGAUCUCUUUGUCACUGAUUAUCCCUCCUUGUUCUUUCCAGAUUCCUGACCCUCCAGCCAAACAUUAACUGCUGUCAGUGAGUCGGUGUGGAUUUGCCUCUCUGGCCAUUUCUCCUUCCUGACCAGGGGUACAACCACGCAUACUAAUUGAAUGUCUGCUCACUGGCUGGAUCUCACCUCCUCAUCGGAGCCUUCAGGACCAUCUCUGAGUGCAGCAUCUUGCUGCAGCCAUCCACUGCUGACUAGUGCCAGGACAUCAUUUACCACUCUCUGUACACGGACUUAAAUUUUUCUUCCUUCGUUACUGAUCAUAAGGAACUCACCAGGAGGCCAUAGACUCCUUUUAAUUUUGGCAUGAAUCAUAGAACACCACCCUACCCCGCUGGGGAUUACUGUCUUCUGUGCAGAAGCGAGCGGAAAGACUCUUCGUUCUUAGAGAGUGGAGUAAAGACUGCAAGCAAGCUGGCCCUGUCCAUGGCGCCCAAGGGCAACAGCGUGCUGCACCUGCCUCUGUGGGUGUGCCCGGACUGCCGGCGCACCGUGGAGAACGAGGAGCGGCGCGGCAGCCUCGACCCGCCGGCGCAGGGUCAAGACUUCCUUCUUCACUCCCCGCUCGGCAGCUCGCAGCCCGAGGCCGGUGGCGGGAGGCUCACCCUGGGCGCUCAGCCGUUACCCACAGCCGCCCCCUCGGACACCGCGUGCGCCUGCGAGGCCUGCAGCGAGCGCAGGGAGAUUUCAGCAGAGGCGGAGCGGGAACCUCAGCAGCUGCAGAACUACUGGUCGGAAGUGCGCUACACAGUCCGCUGCAUCUACCGGCAGGCGGGCACCCCGCUGGCGGACGACCAGGACCAGUCUCUGGUGCCCGACAAGGAGGGAGUGAAGGAGCUCGUGGACAGGCUCUGCGAGCGGGACCCCUACCAGCUGUACCAGCGGCUGGAGCAGCAGGCCAGAGAGUACGUGCUAGAGAUGAAGGUCCGGCUCCUGCGGCAGCUGUCGGCCGCGUCCAGGGUGAAGUCGCCGUCCGCCCUUCAGGGCCCCCCGCAAGCGCACCAGUUCAUCUCCCUGCUCCUCGAGGAGUACGGUGCCCUGUGCCAGGCGGCGCGCACCAUCAGCACCUUCCUCGGCACCCUGGAAAAUGAACACUUGAAAAAGUUCCAGGUUACGUGGGAGCUGCACAAUAAGCACCUCUUUGAAGAUCUGGUCUUUUCGGAGCCACUUCUCCAGAGCAGCCUGCCGGCACUGGUGUCGCAGAUCAGGCUGGGGACCACGACGCACGACACCUGCAACGAGGACACGUACAGCACCCUGCUGCAGCGGUACCAGCGCUCCGAGGAGGAGCUGCGCGGGGUGGCCGAGGAGUGGCUGGAGUGCCAGAAGAGGAUCGACGCCUACGUGGACGAGCAGAUGACAAUGAAAACCAAACAGCGCAUGCUAACAGAAGACUGGGAGCUUUUUAAACAAAGGCGAUUCAUGGAAGAGCAGUUGACGAACAAGAAGGCCGUCGCUGGCGAGAACAGCUUCACGGACACCAUGAGGCACGUGCUGUCGUCGCGACUGAGCAUGCCCGACUGCCCCAACUGCAACUACAGGAGGAGAUGUGCUUGCGAUGACUGCAGCCUCUCACACAUCCUCACUUGUGGUAUCAUGGACCCCCCCGUCACUGGCGACAUCCACAUUCACCAGCUACCACUCCAGGUGGACUCUGCUCCCGACUAUCUCUCUGAGAUGCGCCCACCUAGCGUGUCAUCAGCAAGCUCAGGGUCAGGUUCCAGCUCUCCCAUUACAGUUCAGCAACAUCCCAGACUCAUCCUCACAGACAAUGGCUCUGCACCAACUUUUUGUAGUGACGAUGAAGAUGUUGCGCCGUUGUCAGCUAAGUUUGCUGAUAUUUAUCCGCUGAGUAACUAUGAUGAUGCCGAGGUGGUGGCCAGCAUGAAUGGAAUCCACGGUGAACUGAACGGUGGCGGGGAAAACAUGGCCCUGAAGGACGAGGUAUGGGCAUGCGUCUUCAUAGUGACAUCCCCUCAGGUAAGCAGUACCAGCAGUAGUUCUUCAGAGGCUGAUGACGAGGAGGCAGACGGCGAAAGUAGUGGGGAGCCCCCGGGAGCCCCGAAGGAAGACACAGCUCUAGGAGACGGGAGCCCUGGGAAGGAGGAAAGUAAAGUGGACAGUCCACCCCCGUCUUACUCAACUCAGCAGGCAGAGCAAGCUCCAAACACUUGUGAAUGUCACGUCUGUAAACAAGAGGCGUCUGGAUUGACGCCGUCGGCAGUGACCGCUGGAGCCCUUCCUCCUGGCCACCAGUUCCUGAGCCCCGAGAAGCCCACACACCCCGCUCUGCAUCUUUACCCCCACAUCCAUGGACAUGUGCCCUUGCACGCCGUCCCACACCUGCCUCGCCCUCUCAUCCACCCCACCUUGUACACAGCGCCCCCCUUCACACACAGUAAGGCUUUACCGCCAGCACCUGUUCAGAAUCACACAAAUAAACAUCAGGUAUUCAAUGCAUCUCUUCAAGACCAUAUUUAUCCGAGCUGUUUUGGGAAUACUCCAGAGUGGAAUAGUUCUAAAUUUAUAAGUCUUUGGGGAUCAGAAGUGAUGAAUGAUAAGAACUGGAAUCCUGGCACUUUCUUGCCAGAUACAAUUUCUGGGAAUGACAUAUUAGGGCCAACACUCUCAGAAACAAGACCUGAAGCUCUUCCACCUCCAUCUAGCAAUGAAACGCCUGCAGUUCCGGAUAGCAAAGAGAAAAAAAACGCUGCAAAAAAGAAAUGUUUGUACAAUUUCCAAGAUGCUUUUAUGGAAGCAAACAAAGUUGUGAUGGCCACGUCGUCAGCCACCUCCUCCGUGUCCUGCACGGCCACCACGGUGCAGUCGAGCAACAGCCAGUUCAGAGUGUCGUCCAAGAGACCGCCCUCCCUCGGUGACGUCUUUCACGGCAUCAACAAGGAGGAUCACAGGCACGGGGUGCCGGCGGCCCCAAGGAACAGCCCCACAGGUCUAGUGCCGCUUCCUGCCCUCCCUCCCGCCGCCCUCUCUCCAGCUUCCGCGCCUCACCUUGCCAGUCUCGCAGCCCCGUCCUUCCCCAAAACGGCCGCCACCUCUCCCGGGUUUGCGGAUUCACGCAAGAGCUUCUGUCCUGCUCCCGUGGCCCCCACCACAGACGGCUCCGUCAGCGCGCCUCCCAGCGUCUGCAGCGACCCUGACUGUGAAGGGCAUCGCUGCGAGAACGGCGUCUAUGACCCGCAGCAGGACGACGGAGACGAGACUGCGGAUGAGGACAGCUGCUCCGAGCACAGCUCCAGCACCUCCACCUCCACCAACCAGAAGGAGGGCAAGUACUGUGACUGCUGCUACUGUGAGUUCUUCGGGCAUGGCGGGCCUCCCGCUGCGCCAACAAGUAGAAAUUAUGCAGAAAUGAGGGAGAAGCUUCGUUUACGGCUGACCAAGAGGAAGGAAGAGCAGCCUAAGAAAACGGAUCAGCUCUCAGAAAGGGAGAGUGUGGUUGACCAUCGCAGGGUGGAGGACCUGCUCCAGUUCAUAAACAGCUCGGAGACCAAGCCCGUGAGCAGCACGCGGGCCGCCAAGCGUGCACGGCAUAAGCAGAGAAAGCUGGAGGAGAAAGCACGCCUGGAAGCGGAGGCCCGGGCCCGGGAGCACCUGCACCUGCGAGCGGAGGAGCGGCGGCGGGAGGAGGAGCAGCAGCGGCUGCAGGAGGAGCUCCAGAGGCUGCAGGAGCUUCAGAAGCUGAGGGCCGUGAAGAAGAAGAAGAAGGAGAGGCCAAGGAAGGCCUGUCCCGAGCUGGACAUGCUCGCUCGGAGUCUGCAGGCGGCCGCGGAGGCUGUGCCCGGCUCUGAGAGCAUGCACAACGGCUCGCUGGAGCCGAGUGAAGACCCGGAAACCUCCUCUCGCUCCCCCUCCAGACACGUGGACCAUAGAGACACGGGGCCGGGGCCGGGGGCCGACGCGGACACCCCCGACCCCGUGGCCGCCAGAGACUCCAAGCUCCUUCUGCCGAAGGGGGUCAACGGGAAGCAGCAGCAGCCGCUGUCCUUCCUCCUGGACAUGAUGCAUCAGCACAAGGAGGGAAACAGCAAACAGAAGCUGAAGCACAGCAGUAAAGCGGGCGGCGAGCCGGCGAGGAAGCCCUUGGAGUCCCCCAGAGCCUCAGAGGCCCAGCCCCGGCCCCGGCCCCAGGCUGAGUCAAAGGCCAGAGUGCUUGACCUCACGCCCCUGGCGGAGCACAGAAGGGAGGAGAGGAAAGUCAACAGCAACAACAACAACAGAAAGCAGCUGAACCACGUCCGGGAGGAGAAGCCGAGCCCGGGCCCCGUAGAGCCCGCCGCGCCCAGCGAGCACCCGCAGAGUGGCAAGCCGGUGCCAGCAGACUCUCCGCAGCCCAAGGGCAAGAGCAAGAAAAGCAAGAAGAAGAAGGGAGACAGAGGCAGCGGCUCAAUCGAUGAUGUCUUUCUGCCUAAAGAUAUCGACCUAGACAGUGUGGACAUGGACGAGACAGAGAGGGAAGUGGAAUAUUUCAAAAGGUUCUGUUUGGAUUCCGCUAGGCAGACCCGACAGAGACUGUCCAUCAACUGGUCCAAUUUCAGCUUGAAAAAAGCCACCUUUGCUGCCCACUGAACGAGGACCGCCUGGAGAGGGACACGCGGGCGGUGGGCCGGGCCCGGAGCUGCCGUGCCUGCCCCGGGCUGUGCGGGUGGGCCGCCGCACCCGAGCCCCCUCCCGACCGAGAACUUGCUGCUCGACCCGCAUUGUUAGCUCGUGUGCGUGUAGUCUGUGAGUGAGCCGCCUUGACCGUAGCUCUGCCGUCGGAUCGGAACAGUAGCUCUGCCACCUUCUCCACCGCCGCGGCCUCGGAGGCCUGGGCCGCGGCCGGACGGGUUCGCAUCCCCACGUGGCCCGUUGCCUCUGUGUCUCGCCCUGUCCCGCCACCUGUCCUGCCGGGGUGUCGCUGCGCUCAGCUCUCUGUGCCCUGCGUCCCACCCGAGGCGGCCGGGCAGGGCAGGGCUCUCCGUUCUCCUCCACAAUCUACUGUUUAAGAGUGUACACGUCGCGCUGUCCGUGUCUGAUCCCCCUGACUUGUAGCCAGCUUGUGUAAGAUCCCUUGCAGAAUGAGAAAGUUCAAACACAAAGCACCCACCCAGUACUCACACCAUCAAGUCUGUUAGAGUGUUCGGCUGUAUUAACACGGAGGCCUGCCUGGCUACUUUUUUAACAUAUUGUUAAGUAAUAUUAAAAUCAUGUCUUUCUUUUUGAAAGAUGGAAUACAUUAGUACAGCAGGA